CUGGAAUUUCAGGAUUUCUGCAAGUGCCUUAUAAAACGGGCACGGGCACGGCAGUAUUAAAAAAAAUCUCGUAUUGGCAAACGGCAACCUAUAGUAGCGCUAAGCCUUCCGCUAUCGAAGAAAAUUCUAAACAAAAUGUACCAGAGCGUUCUUCAUGGCUUUAUACUUAUCUUCCACCGAAGCUUGUGCCUUAUGCUCUUCUUGCACGUUUGGAUAAACCUAUAGGAACUUGGCUCUUAUAUUUACCCUGCACAUGGAGUAUUACGAUGGCAACAUAUCACGCGCAAUUACCAGUUUCUCAGACUAUUUAUAUGUUAACUCUUUUUGGUGUUGGAGCAUUCAUAAUGAGAGGUGCUGGAUGCACGAUCAAUGAUCUUUGGGAUAAGAAAAUAGAUAAACAGGUAGAACGGACACAGACUCGACCACUUGCUUCAGGAGUAGUGACUCCUUUUCAGGCCCUCAUUUUUCUAGGAUUACAAUUAUCAGCGGGAUUGACAGUCUUGACCCAGUUAAAUUAUUAUAGUAUUAUUCUCGGAGCGACAUCUUUAAGUAUUGUUUCUAUAUAUCCAUUAAUGAAACGCGUAACUUUUUGGCCGCAACUCUACCUUGGAUUGGCUUUUAAUUGGGGUGCAUUAUUGGGUUGGCCAGCGAUGAUUGGCAACAACGAUUGGUUGGUUACUCUCCCGUUAUAUUUUGCUGGUGUUUGUUGGACGUUGGUGUAUGAUACGAUUUAUGCGCAUCAGGAUAAGAACUUUGAUAGUGUGAUUGGGAUAAAGUCAACCGCCCUCCUUUUCGGAGAUAAUACCCGACUAUGGUUAAGUUUUUUCUCAGGAUCAAUGGUGACAUUUCUCUUAAUUGCUGGACAGAUGAACGACCACAGCUGGCCCUUCUAUUCGAUUUCUGUUUUGGGAACAGGAGCUCACCUUGCGUGGCAACUCCGUACAGUAAAUUUUGACGACGUGGUUGAUUGUGAUAGAAAAUUCCGUAGUAAUAAAUGGAUUGGCGUCCUGGUGUUGAGUGGUAUUUUAGCCGACAUCGUUCGGAAAGCUUUAAAUAGUGAUCAAUCAACAAGCGUUUCAAAAAUAGAUUAA